AUGAACUUGGAUACAACAAAUAUCUAUAAGGAAAAAAUUGUCUUUUUAAUUACACGUGUUGAAUAUGCUAAUUUAUAUCAUACAAUGACAGAUUGGUAUAAUACUUAUCUAACAAUGAAAUUACUUAAUUUAUCCGUUAAUAAUAUACAUUUAUUAAUAACUGAUGGACAUCCUAUAGGUAAUUUAGAUGAAGUAUGGUAUCAAUUAUUUAAUUAUUCUAUAUCAAGAAUUGGUGCCUAUAGACAAAUUACAAAUCAUAUUAAUCAUAAUAAUACAAAUUUACUACCUAUAUUACCUAUGAAUAAGAAUUAUUUAUUACAUAUACAUAAACUUGUUAUAAUACCAUAUGGUUAUUCAAGUCCAUUAUAUGUUGAUAAACCACUUUUAUCUAAUAUGUAUAUUGAUGAAUUUCGACAAUUUCUUCUUCAAAGUUAUCAUUUAAAUAUCAAUGAUAAUUUAUGUUAUAAACACAUAGUAACUAAUUAUAAAUUACCACAAAUUAUUAUUAUUAGUCGACGUGAUUAUAUUGCACAUCCACGUAAUAUAAAUGGACAUAUUAGUAGAAAAAUCAAUAAUGAAUUACAAUUAUUAAAUAAAUUAAAACAAUUAGGUUUUAUAAAUUCAUUAAUUAUUGAUUUUAUUAAUUUAACUAUAAAUGAACAAUUAAAUUUAAUUAUUAAUACAGAUAUAUUAAUUGGUAUGCAUGGUGCUGGUUUAACUUAUAGUUUAUUAUUAUCAAAUACAUCAAUGGUAAUUGAAUUAUUCCCUAAUUAUUGUUGUAUUAAUAAUCAACAUUUUAUUAAAUUAACUAAAUUACGUCAUAUUGAUUAUUAUGCAUAUUAUGGUUUAUCAAUAAAUGAUAAUAAACAAUUAGAAUCAACUUAUAUACCGAUUGAUGAUUUUCAAACAAUCAUAUUACAAACUUAUAAUAAAUGGAAAGAAAAUUGUAAGAAAAUAAAUGAAAAAAAAAGUAGAUGA